AUGUGUCUAACUGAAGCUAUUAAUUGCCUGAAGACUAAUGAUAACGAAGAAAAUCAGAAACCGGAAACGCGUAUCAUUACUCUAAAUUAUGGUGAGAAUCUGGAAAGCUCGGUAUUUCGCUUCCAAAAAGGCUGGACUGUUCGAUUCGUUCGUGGUACAAAUCUUUUGGGACGAAAUAUUGAUGUAUUUACAUCAAUAUCGGGUAAAAUAUCCUGGAAAGAGGGAGCUGAUGAAUUUGCAACAUUUGCUGAAAUUAAGUGCGAAGAAUCUGGUGCUUUCUCGUAUCACUUUAUAGUUGAUAAUGAAAGUAAACCAGCUGGCAAUGGAUAUAUUCUUGUAAUGCCGGUUUUAUCUCUAAAUGAACAACCGUUACGUUUGAAUGCUAUAACGUGUAUUACGCAUAUCUCAAAACUUCUUGGUUCAUUGAAUAUGUGGGAAGAAAGAUUGAAAGUAGCAUCAAAAGCUGAAUAUAAUAUGAUUCAUUUCACACCUGUUCAAGAACUUGGAAUUUCAAACAGCAGCUACUGCAUUGCUGAUCCAAUGAAAUUGAAUCCAAACUUCAGUACCACCGAAAAGCAUUAUACAUAUGAUGAUCUUGCAAUAUUGAUACAAACUCUUGAAAAUGAUUAUCAUUUACUAUCUAUGCAAGAUGUCGUAUGGAAUCAUGCAGCUCGAAAUGCUUUAUGGCUUUUAGAACACCCACAAUGCGCUUAUAAUUUAAAAAAUAGUCCACAUUUGCGACCAGCGUAUAUUCUUGAUCGUCUCUUAUAUCAUUUUGGUAUCGAUAUUAUGAAUGGAAAAUAUAAGAAUCGAAAUCUUAACAAGGAAAUUAAUACUGAUGAACAUUUAAGAACUAUUCUUGAUAUUUUGCGCAAUGAAAUUUUACCGGAAUUGCGAAUUCAUGAAUUCUUCCAAGUUAAUGUUGAAAAAUUGGUAGGAGAUUUUGAAAAAUAUGUGAAAGAAGGACCAUCAUCUGAAGUACGAGACGAAAUGUUGGAAUCAAAGCCAGGACCAUAUUGGAAUCGUUUUGGUUUCAUUGUUGAUAUGAAUCAUGCGAAUAAAAUUUUUAAUAGAAAACGAAGUGAUGCGGGAGAUGAGGAAGAUCGACAACGGAAAUGUUUGGAAGCAUUCCGAGGACAUCUUCAAUUCCUGAAUCAAAGAGCAUUAGAAACAAGUGCAGGAAUUUAUGAAAAUAUAUUGCAAGCAUGUGCCGGACAUAUUAGCUAUGAACGAAUUGAUCAUUCAGGACCGCGACGAAGUGAAUUAACCGAAGAUUGCGGCCUUGUCGUACAAUACUUUGUGCAACCAUUUCCAUCACUGACCACAUGGAAAGAUGAGGAAAAAUUUGCAUACGAUGAUGAGAAAGCGGAAAAAAUAAUGGCAUGUAAUGGAUGGGUGAUGAAUGAUAAUCCAUUACUAAAUUUUGCACAUUAUCCAUCACAGGUCUACUUGAUGAGACAUUUGGUAUGUUGGGGAGAUUGUAUUAAAUUGAAUUAUGGUGAAAAACCGGAAGAUUGCCCGUAUUUAUGGGAUCUAAUGAAGAGAUACACUCAGCUCUGUGCAAAAAUAUUUCACGCUUUACGUAUUGAUAAUUGUCACAGUACACCAAUGCAUGUUGCUGAGUAUCUUUUAAAAGCUGCUCGUGAAAUACGACCAAAUAUCUAUGUAACAGCAGAACUUUUUACACAAAGUGAAGAUUUGGAUAAUAUUUUUGUAAAUCGACUUGGAAUAACUUCUUUAAUACGAGAAGCUCAAAAUGCUCCAAUAAGCUUUGAACAAGGUCGUUUAAUUUAUCGAUUUGGUGGUGAUGUAUUAGGUGGAUUUAUUCAAAAAACAAUUCAAGAUGCAACAUCUUGUGUAGCGCCAGCUUUAUUCUUCGAUCAAACACAUGAUAAUCCUACAGCUCUUGAAAAACGUUCCGUUUAUGAUUAUGUUCCAACGGCAGCAAUGUUAGCAAUGGCAAAUUGUGGUAUUGGUAGUGUUCGGGGAUAUGAUGAACUUGUUCCUUAUAAG